GCCGGGGUCAGGGGGAGUUCGCAGCCCGGGUUUCACCUCCGAGCUGGCGGCGUCGGGAGCCCCGAGGAACCGCCGCCGCCGACCGCUCCGAGGGGCGUACGGGCGGUCGGCAGCGCCGGGAAUGGAGCGGCGGCGGAGGGCGGAGGGCAGCGCCCGGCGACGGCCCCCCCGGGGCUGAGCCAUGAGAGUCCACCGAGAGCUCGGCUGGCUGGCGGAGGGCAGCGGACGGGCAGGGCGGAGGGCGCGCGGCGCGAUGCUGGAGGCCAUGGAGGUGCCGAGCCACUCGCGGCAGCUGCUGCUGCAGCUGAACACUCAGCGCACGAAGGGUUUCCUGUGCGACGUGAUCAUCGUGGUGCAGAACGCGCUCUUCCGCGCUCACAAGAACAUCCUGGCGGCCAGCAGCGCCUACCUCAAGUCGCUGGUGGUGCACGACAACCUGCUCAACCUGGACCACGAGAUGGUGAGCCCCGGCAUCUUCCGCCUCAUCCUCGAUUUCAUCUACACCGGGCGUUUGGGUGAAUGUGAGCCGGGCGGCGAGCAGAGCUUGGGGGCUGUGCUGGCAGCCGCCAGCUACCUGCAGAUCCCCGGUUUGGUGGCACUGUGCAAGAAGAAGCUGAAGCGCAGCGGGAAGUACUGUCACCUGCGUGGGGGGUACGCGCCCUACAAGCUGGGCCGGGGGCUGCGUGCCGCCACGCCGGUCAUCCAGGCUUGCUAUUCGGGGACGCCACGACCCGUCGAUCUGCAGCCUGUGGAGCCGGCGGCGCCGCUCAACACGCAGUGUGGGGAGCUCUACGCCUCGGCCUCGCAGGGCACCCCGCUGCACCCCCACGGGCUGUGCCCCCCCGAGCGGCACUGCUCGCCGCCGUGUGGCCUCGACCUCUCCAAGAAGAGCCCCACCGGCCCCUCCGCCCAGCUGCUGCCCACCGACCGCCUGCUGCCCGCAGAGCCCCGCGAGCCCUCCUUGCCCCCGCGGCACGACAGCCCCCCGGUGAGCGGGGGGCUCCUGGCCGGCCACCCCGCUGCCUACAAGGACUCUCCACCGGGCGGGGAGCCGGGGGGACACCCCCACGCUACCGACCCGUUCCGCGGCACGCCGCCCUGCACCGAGCCCCCCCUGCCCCGCGGCGAUGGGCGCGAGCUGAUGUACCGCUGGAUGAAGCACGAGCCGCUGGGGCCCUACCUGGACGAAGGGGAGGCGGAGAAGGAGCUGGAGAGGGAGGAAAAAGCCGAAUCGCCGCCCGCCGCCCCGCAGCCGCGCUAUCCCAGUGUGGAAAGCAACGACCUGGAGCCUGACAACAGCACGAGCGAGGAGACGGGCAGCAGCGAGGGGCCGUCGCCCGGCGAUGCGUUGGACCGCUACUGCAACCACCUGGGCUACGAGCCCGAGAGCCUGGGUGACAACCUGUACGUCUGCAUCCCCUGCGGGAAGGGCUUCCCCAGCUCCGAGCAGCUCAACGCGCACGUGGAGGCCCACAACGAAGAGGAGCUGUACCACAAAGCGGCGGCCGAGCAGGCCGUGCCCUUCUUGGAUAAGGGAGGUGCAGGGCUGGGGGACAUCCUGCGGCCGUACCGCUGCUCGUCCUGCGACAAGUCCUACAAGGACCCGGCCACGCUGCGGCAGCACGAGAAGACGCACUGGCUGACGCGGCCCUACCCCUGCACCAUCUGCGGGAAGAAGUUCACGCAGCGCGGCACCAUGACCCGCCACAUGCGCAGCCACCUCGGCCUCAAGCCCUUCGCCUGCGACGCCUGCGGGAUGCGCUUCACCCGGCAGUACCGCCUGACCGAGCACAUGCGCAUCCACUCUGGGGAAAAGCCCUACGAGUGCCAGGUGUGCGGCGGCAAGUUCGCCCAACAGCGCAACCUCAUCAGCCACAUGAAGAUGCACGCGGCCGGCCCCGAUGGCAAAGCCAAGCUGGACUUCCCCGACAGCGUCUACGCCAUGGCGCGGCUCACCGCCGACCAGCUGGGGCUCAAGCAGGAGAAGGCGGCCGAGCUGCUGUCCCACACCUCGCACUUCCUCAGCGACCCCAAGGCCAUGGAGAGCCUCUACCCGUUGGCCAAGUUCACGGCAGAGCACCUGGGGCUGAGCCAGGACAAAGCGGCCGAGGUGUUGGCGCAGGCUCCGCACCUCCACGCCGAUGCCGCGCGGACCAUAGAGCGCUACUCGCCCCCGUAGCGCCCGCCGGGGGGUGGCCCUGGGGCUCCCCGUGCCUCUCCAGGGCAGGGAUGGAGGUGGCAAGGUGCUCGGCCCCGGAGAACUCACUCGGAGCAGGGGGUCCCAUGAGAGCUGCCCCGGGCCGGCUGGAUGGCGCGUCCUGCCCUGAGCGGUGGGGAGAAGCCGAUAUUCAGGGACUGACCUCCCGGCUCGCCCCGCUGUGCCGCCAGCCCGAACCCUGAGGCUUCGGAGGACAUGAGCCCGCUCCUUACCUCGGGGCUGUCCCCAUCUCUGCUCGCCCUGCGGUGGGACCUAAUGGAGCUCAGCUCUGCUGUGAUGGAACCCAGACUGUGCCGCCAUCACUGCCGCGGGGCCGUGAGUAGUUCAUCCAUCGCGGCCGCAGCGAAGGGCCUCCUCCUCCCCGGGGCUGUGCUGGGAGCUCGGGGACAGACUGAUGGAGAGGGCUCACACGGGGUUUUGUUGGGGGUCAGGGAUGGUGACCGGGGAAACACGAUGCUCCUCAACGUGGAGCAGCACUGAGCUCCCGGCCUCAGCCCUCAGCCGCCAGUGUUUUCGGGAGGUGGGGCAGGGCCUUGUCACAGACUGAGCCCCUGCACCCUGCCCCACAGCGCUCGCCAUCAGGGAUGCCCGGGGCCCCGUGGGGCAGAGGGACCCCUGGGAGCCGCCGUCCCGUGGGGUGGCUGUGCCCUCGGGCCCACCUCUUUUAUUGCCAAAGAUCCCCGUCCCCAGCACAGCUGGGUCGGGUCGGGUUUGGGGGAACCUCGGGCCGGGAGUUUAUGACAAAGACAAAGCGGUUGGGUUUGUCAGCUACGUGGACGUGGGCAGCGGAGGAACGGGGCCGCGGGAAGGGGCCGGGAGCAGCCCUGGGGAGAGCUGAGCCCCCGGCCCGGGCUGCAAUGACAGCGGGUCGAGCCCCCAAGGGGCACCCCUGGCACCGCAGCACCCCUCUCGUGAGCCCUCCCUAAGUCUGGAUCCCCACCCAGGCCCACGACCCCUCUGCCUGGGGCUAAUGUGAAGCUUCUCCCCUCCCCGUGCCCCUUCCUCUCCUUUGCACACGAGGCCCCGGGGCAGUGACUGUCCCCAGCCUCGCAGCCACUGUGCCUUACCUUGUGCUGGCUGCUCUGUGGCGAGGCCUCGUGCCCCCAAGUGCCUGCUUCCAGCCAGGGAUGGGCAGGGGUCACCCAGGUCCCCCCCGGGGCUCACCAGCAUCUGGCCAGAGCUGCCACCGGGCAUCUGUGCCCAUUUUGGGGGCCGAGCACCGGCAGCAGCUGCACCCAAAACACAGCUGGAAACGCCCAGCGGGGUCUGUAUCACGUCCGAUUUGUACACGGGCUCCUCGCCCUUUUUUCUAUAGUCGAAACGGAACAAGCAAUAAAGUGACAUUAACACA